ACUUCUCUCCGCGUUGCAGACGGCGCCAGACCGCGUCUAGGAGACUCGACCCUGGCCGAAACCGGUGCAGAGCGACAACGACAAAGACGACGACGACGACGAUUCCCCACCUGGACCACUACGCACCCGUCGUGACGUCUUCGUGAGGCCCUCGUCGCGACGUCCGGAAGGGAUCAUGCCGCGUGCAUUCCUCAUCACCAACAAACGAUACAACUCAAGCGUCGACCACGAAGACACCGACCAGCCUCAGCGGCCAGUCCCGCCGAGAGAAUACAGCCCCGAGCGUCGAGUGAGCACUGCCGAAGUUCCUGCCGAGCAUGACACAGCGAAUUCAAGGAGCUCCAGCGGAGGCGACGCCAGCGCGAGUUGCUGGCUCGCCUGGAAGCCGGCGAGUCCUCGCUCGCCAGCGAGCCUCACUCGAACCACGACCCCCGUCAUUGAAGAGCCUUUGAGCCUCACCGUCCAUGACGUGGCCCAACUUCAGCCGCCCACUUCGGCCGCUGCUGCGGCGGCUUCGGUCAGCAUUCUCGCGGCUGUGCUCCAACAAGUCCGGACGUUACAGCAGGAUGUGGCUCCACCCUCGGCCAUGCGCACGACGCUCUCGAACGGCGACGCGUACUACGUGUGCCCGGAGUGCGGCAAGCGGUACAGCACCUCGUCGAACCUGGCCCGGCACCGGCAGACUCACCGCAGCGUGACGGACAAGAAGGCCCGACAAUGCCCGCACUGUUCCAAAGUGUACGUCUCCAUGCCGGCCUUCUCGAUGCACGUGCGCACGCACGGCCAGGGCUGCCAGUGUCCGUUCUGCGGCAAGUGCUUCUCCAGGCCCUGGCUGCUACAGGGACACAUUCGCACGCACACGGGCGAGAAGCCGUUCAAGUGCAGCCAGUGCUCGAAGGCGUUCGCGGACAAGUCCAACCUCAGGGCCCACAUCCAGACCCAUUCGCCUACCAAGCCGUUCGUGUGCCGCCGUUGUGGCAAGGCCUUUGCGCUCAAAAGUUACCUCUACAAGCACGAAGAAUCCUCCUGCAUGAGGAUACACCGGCUGCAAGAGCCCGACGCCCAGUCUCCCACCGGCGAAGACGUCUCAGUUCCCAACGCCGUUCCAGAUCUCCUCGAUACCGUUUAGGUUUCUCCUCCAUGUACGGCGGAUAUCUGUCCCCGGCUGCUUUUACGC